UUUGGGUAUAAAAAGUGCCAGAGCCUGGCAGAAACUAAUUAUUUUUGGAGCAGUUCUACUGAUAUCAACAUGCGUAUCCAGACCGUAGUCCUUGGUUGUGUCCUCUUGGCUCUUUGCCUGAUCAACAGUACUUCUGGUACAUCGACCACCACCACAACAACAACAACGACCACAGAGGCAACAACAACAACUACCACAACAAGCAGCACCACCGUGGACUCCACAACAAGUGCCGAGUAUGGUGCUUUGGUUCGUUUGAAGCAGCAGCUUCGUCGCCUUGCCCGCCUGCAACGAUUGAGGAAAGAGCGUCAGGCUGCCAGAAGGCGUGCUGCUCAGAGAUUGAGAAAAGCUUUGCGCAAUUAACGGAGAUGUAUCAACAGAAGGCGUCGAAAUCACGGUUAAUCUCAAAAAAUUGAUUAAUUGAAUACGUUUUACAAACAUUUAAAAUUUGUU